CUUCGGUGCUCUCGGUGCUAGCCGGCCAGGGUUUGCAACACUGAUAAAACCAAACCUCUGAAUUCUCUGAUGCGCAUCACCAAACGAAUUCAACGUGUACAAAGUCAUCAAAAUCUGUGCGAUUGAAACAAUAAACUUUUAUUGUAAAAAUAUUUAAUUCUGAAAAUUACAAUAAUGAGUUCAAGUACAAUUACUAAGCCUUCAGUAGCACCAUCUGUACAGGAAUUUAGUAUCAGAGUACCAAAAAACAACAAAAAGAAACACAAUGUUAUGAGAUUUAAUGCAACACUAAAUGUAGAUUUCUCAAAAUGGACUCAAGUAAAAAUGGAACGAGAGAAUAAUAUGAAAGAGUACAAGGGAUUAGAGGAAGAAAUGCCAAAAUUUGGUGCUGGAUCUGAAUUUGGACGUGAUGCUAGAGAAGAAGCUAGAAGGAAAAAAUAUGGUAUUACUAGUAGAAAAUAUAAACCUGAAGAUCAACCAUGGAUUUUAAAAGCUGGGGGAAAAACAGGAAAAAAAUUUAAAGGUAUACGAGAAGGAGGAGUCAGUGAAAAUGCAGCAUAUUAUGUAUUUACUCAUGCUGCUGAUGGUGCUAUAGAGGCUUUCCCUUUACAUGAGUGGUAUAACUUUCAACCAAUUCAAAGAUACAAGGCUCUUAGUGCUGAAGAAGCUGAACAAGAAUUUAGUCGUAGAAACAAGGUUAUGAAUUAUUUCUCACUAAUGUUACGCAAAAGAUUGAGAAAUGAUGAGGAUGGUGGAGAUGAAGAGGAAUUAGUAGAAGGUAAUAAAGGCAAAAGAUUAGGAAAGAAAGAUAAGGAUCUAAAAAUAUCAGAUAUGGACGAGUGGAUGGAAAGUGAUGAUGAUGAAUUAUGUAGUGAUGAAGAGGAAACUAAGAAAGAUUCUGAAGAUGAAAAUGAUGCAAAAAAGAAAAAUAAAGGCAAAGUUCAGUCAAAAAAAAAAAAAAAGAAUGCUUCUGAUGAAGAAGCAUUUGAAGAAAGUGAUGAUGGAGAUGAAGAGGGAAGAGAAUGUGAUUAUAUUUCUGAUUCUUCUGAUUCCGAAUCGGAGUUAGAACAACAAAAGGAAAUCAAGUCAGUUGCGGAAGAAGAUGCAUUGAGAAAAUUACUUGCAUCUGAUGAAGAGGAAGAUGACGAGGAAAAAACGGAUAAGAAAGAAGGUGAAGAAGACAAAGAUGAUGAUGAGGAUGGGAAAGAAAAAGAUGACAAAGAUAAAGACAAAGCUGGUAAAGAUUUUGAUAAGAAGAAAGACAAGAAGAAGAAGAAAAAAUCAAAAAAGAAGGAUCAAAAGAAAUUGGCAUCGGGAAAAGAUUCUUCGAGUGAUUUUUCUAGUGACUCAGACUCAGAUUCAGAUUCAACAGCAAAAGAAAAGGAUAACAAAAAGUCUAACAGCGCACAUAGUUCAAGAUCGGCAACACCAACACCCGCAACGUCCGGAGUCUCAGAUUCUCUCAAGAGAAAACAAUCUGGAUCUCCAGAUUUGUCACAAGCAAAGAAACUAAAGUUAGAUAACUUUAACUUGGUUCCAGUGACUUCAUAUAUACCAGGAGCAAAUGAAUCGGGCAUUACGGAGGAUGCAGUAAGACGAUAUCUCAUGCGCAAACCUAUGACAACAACUGAACUGCUGCAGAAAUUUAAAUCUAAAAAAACUGGUCUCACUUCUGAGCAGCUUGUCAACAUUAUGACUCAGAUAUUAAAGAAGAUAAAUCCGACCAAGCAAACAAUUAAGAACAAAAUGUAUUUAUCGAUCAAAGCACAACAAUCUAACUAAAUCUUGUUUGCUUCCGAGCAUUUACAAUUGCUCAACAUGUUCAAUAUUAUGCAUACAGUAAUUGCAUAUUAAUACAUAAUGACAUUUGUUGCACUAAUAGUAAAAAUAUGUUAAAAUAUAUAUAUAUAUAUAUAUAUG